AUGUUCGCCGGGUACCACAAGCUGUCGAUGGAUCAUACGCGAUGCAAGCAGGCGAACCAUAUGGGGAUGAACACAGCAUCAUGGCAUCCUGGGACAUGCAAGGCGGCGGGUUACUCACAGCUCAUGAACCAACACAGUCUUGGUCCAUUCCAGCGUCAGAUGUGGGUGAAACCGGAUGGGAUGUCACCGAGCCAGCUUGCCAACUACAAGAUCCCGUCCUGGGCUGAUCCUCACUACAGUGCUGCUGGAGAUGAUCGGAACUUUGGUUAA